CCCAAUUAGAGAGAUGAAAGCGAAAACACUAUCUAUUAGACAUUAUCACAUUUGUAGCCAUUGAAUCAAGUCAUCACGACGGCAGGAGGCAUGCAGUUUUUUGUAGCGUAUUUUCUUCUAGCGCAUUCCCCAUAUUUCACUGUCCAUGCAUUUCUUCCAAGGAUUAACGUGGCAGAAGAAAAAUCAGAAACAAAGGAUCACACUUUGAUCACAAGAAAUGGGUUGCUAAAGACAGUUAUAUACUUUUUCUUCGACAACCCCCAGUAUUUGAAAGAUGAAUCCUUGACUGAUUUUCUUAAUGGCGUCCUAUCUGAAUUGGGAGAGGAACCAACUGCAGGGAAAGACGCCAUGAACACCAUUUCUUCACAAAUCAAGUUCAUCAACGCCAUGAACGCCAUUCAGAGCGCUAAUGUGGAAGUGGAUUCAUUAAACAGAAAGGCAGAAGAACAUUUUGAUGGCGAGCAGUUCCAACAAGGCGCAAAGCGUCUCAUCCGAUUGCGUCAAGAGCUCAUAACAUCCCUUCUGAAGGGUGAUAAGUUCACACAUAGUAGGAACUUGGCAGGUUAUGCACUGCACACAUUACAGGAUUUCUACAGCCGUUCUAACUGGAUAGAGCUCGGCAAUUCGGUUCCAUUUGAUGCUUUGGGUCAGCCCGGAAGCGAGAUUUCGGAAGAGUUUGUUGCAGGGCCGAAUGAAGUGACAUGUACGGGCUGUCUCUCAGACCUAGACAGAAAUGAUAAAUGUGGGACAAAUCUGAUCACUGGAAAACUUACAAGCGGAUAUCGGUCAGGACAAGACGUGAGGAAACCGGUAAACGGAGGGAAGUGUAGCCACGGCGGAAAGACAGAUGACAGUCGUUUUCAGCCUGCAACAGGCGGAAUUAACAAAGAUUCUACGUCGAUAAAAGAAUCGCCUCAUGCAAGCCUGCAUAAAGUCGCAGCUGAUCUUGCCUUCGAAGCAACUUAUCUUUUUCUAAAGGAAGUCCGUUCGACAGUUGGAGACGACAACUUCGCCAGAUUUCUUAAUCUGAAGUCAGACAAGAGUAUGGCUUUGGUAAUUGAUGUAUCAGGAAGCAUGAGGGUUGAAAUCGAGGAGGUCAAGAACUACUCCAUUAAAUUUGUUCGCCACACCUUGGAAAUGAAAGGAGCAUCCUUCACGUACGUACUUGUACCUUUCAAUGAUCCAGAGGUUGGUCCUGUCACCGUGACAAACAACGCCCAACAAGUGAUUCACGCGGUGAGAAAUUUAAGAGCAAAUGGAGGAGGAGAUUGUCCAGAGUUGGGGAUGACUGGUCUUUAUCAGGCUCUUCUCCACUGCCUACCAGAAAGUGAAAUCUAUUACUUUUCCGAUGCUGACGCGAAAGACUUCGAACGCGAGAAUGAGGUUAUGUCCCUUGCGAAGAACAAAAAAGUUAAGAUCUCCUUCAUUCUCACUGGCCAGUGUGGUCGACGCAGGCGCAGACGUGAUCUGUCGCAGAGUGGCAUUCAGAAUUCAGCGAUCGUUCCCAAAAAAAUUCGCCGAGUAAGGAGAAAUGCUCAAGGUCAAGCACUGUACCAGGCUCUCGCUACGGAGACGGGAGGACAGGUCUUGGAAACUAGCAAAGCUCAGGUAGCUGAUGUCGUGAAGGUGAUCGAUCCUACUAGUUCAUCAAACUCAUCCGCAGAUCUGCAAGACGUUGGAUUGCUUAACGUCAAGGAAUCUUCGGCGCAGUACUUCAGCGUAGUUGUUUAUAUUGUAGACAUCGACAGCACACUAGAAAGUUUAGUUCUCAUUCUAACAGCUGCUGGAUCGCCAGACUUACAAGUAACUGGUGUUGAAGGAAAAUCAAGAAUGCAGGAACAGAUCAUCAGUAAUUCUACUAAACUUCUCAUAAAAGAGUUCACCAGCUUGACAAGCGGCUCACUCAAGCUUACUGUCUCCUGUCAGGGUCCCUAUUCAUUGCAAGUCACUGGUUCCAGUCCUAUAGACUUUACCUACCAGCUUUUGGACGUGGAGGACGAGGAACUAGGGAACACAAGGCGAGUGCUUGGAAAUCCUCUAAGAGGCCAAACUUUGCUUCUUACCUUGGACUUCGUUGGUCAAGAAAUUGACGAAGUGACCAAUUUAACACUCGUUGGUAUUAACGGAACAGGUUUGGAAACCUUCAACAUAACACAGGGAGAAGGAUUCUACCAGGAUUUCUAUUACGUCAAAUUCAUUCCAUCGGCAGACAGGUUUAGACUUAAAGUCACAGGUUUUGACACAACUGGAGCCCGAUUUCAGCGCAUGAAACCUACUUUAUUUACUCUUGGUGACGUCAAACUGUCCCAAAACGUUGACAGUAGCAACGGUUCAAACGCCAUAUUUCCAGGGGAAUCUUUAGAGUUGAAGAUAAGCGUCACAAACACUGGAGACCAACAGCAAUUAUAUUUUAAGGCUACAGAUGAUCUAAACUUUUUAAGCAAGAUCAACCCAUCCCAGGGAAGCUCAGGAAAGAAUAACUCGCUUGUCCUUCGAGUAUCCCUAGCAGCUCCGAGUGACGCAAAAUAUGGCGUCACCAGCACUGUUACUGUAUUUGCAUUUCAGGACUCGAGGUUCACUCAACUCGUGAAUUUCAUGGUUUUAUUUGUUACUGUUGCUUCAAAGGCCCCAGAUCUCUCCUCACCAUCAUGUAACAUAACGAGCCAGAGUGGAUCAUGCGCAGGCGUAUACGGUAGACCUGAGUGCGUGUCCAGCACGUGGGUUGCACAGGUCACGUUCAAUGACUCCGGGGAAGGACUUUUGUCCAUCACGUCACGAGAAAAUCGUAAUGGAACUCUCAAUGUGGCUGCUUUCAACCAAGGAGCUGCGAACACGCCCAUUUCAGCCUCAUUCACAUCCAACUGCUGUCAUCCAAAGGUCAUCUUCGUCGGAGUGGAUCUCGUUGGAAACAUGGGAAUAUGCUCUGUAAGCCUCGUUCCUGAUAUCGUAUCAUUUAGAGCCAGUCCAAACACCUCCGCUGUGACUCUGCACCCAGGACAGACCACUAAGGUCCCUUUUACACUCGUCAACCUUGGUUCUAAAGGGUUCUUUGUGUUUCACGUCUCUAAGACUCCCUCGCUCAUAAGUUACGUCAUCCCCUUCAGCCUCGCUCUGAAAACCAACGCCAGUACUUCUGGUCAUGUGGUUAUUGCUUCACGUGGUAACAUCAGCGAAGUACAGACAAUCAGCGUGAAGGCUGUUGCACAGUCAGAUAGUGUGAAUGAUAAAGAGGUGAAACUGUUCGAUCUCAAGGUUCUUGUCACGCCACAGAGACAAGGCAUAACAAGUACACCUGCAACAUCAACGGCAGCGCUUAAAUACAUCCAGUUACGGGCAAAUGUUCCCACUUAUGAAUUAUCUCUGGAAACUGGAGAGAGUUUAAAGUUUAACUUUACAGUUAUGAAUUUGGCAGCAGCUGAAACCUUCUCCUUCGAUGUGCUGACAUCACAACCUCGCAUAACUGGUAAUAUUGAACCAUCUCGAACAUUUCUGGAUCAUCAACGAACUUCCUCAUUUCUAUUGAUCCUUUCAUCUCAGUCUAACACCCCUCUUGGCAUUGUCACACAAGUCAAUGUCACGGCCACGCCUUCGUCACACAAUGCGGAAGUCAAAGAGUUGGUCGUUUUCUCGUUGAAUGUGAAAAUCGAUCGAAACCCUUCGUCAAAAGAUAAAGAAUCGGGAGAGGAAAGCCCGGAUAAAGAUGAUGAAAUGGAAAAAUGGCAUAUUUUUUUAAUUUUCGGCAUGGCUACGUUAGCGAUUCUACUUAUUACUUUUUUGGUAAUAUUUGGGGUAAGUCGCGGGUAUUGUCGUGGAGGAAGGCCCCAAAACCCCACUGUUAAUAAUGCCAACAUCAACUUGGGACAUGAACCUGACGAUGUAAUCGCCAAUACAUACACUUAACUCUAAUGCCGUGGAGAAAUCAUGCCAUCCACGGUUCGACCUCAUAAACGCUGAAGAUAUUUACGAAAAUUCAACAUAUCAUGGUGAAUAAGUAUGGAAGACACCUUCCUUUAUUGGAACAUAUAAAACCGGCCAAAGCUGCACCAAAUUUCCAAGUAAUAAUGUCGUGUGUUGUCGCCCGCCCUGGGUAUCGCUAAGACACAUCAUUCCGAUAAAAGCUUUUAACCUCAUAUUUAUUCUUAUUUGUAUGACUUUGACGGUGAGAUCCAAUCUGCUACAAGCAUUGUCGUUUAAUUUAUUUUGUUUAUGCAUUAAUUUCUGCUAAUGUUUUCAAAACAGUGAAAAAGAAAUCGAUCAAAAUUUGAUUGUUUGGAUUUCUUCGAUUUAACAGAAGCACAACUUUAGUUGUUAAUACGUUGUUCGUUUUGACAUUUGUUUUGGUUUGGGUCUUGUUAAUGUUUCUUGUUCUUUUAGAUUUUGGUUUCGUUCUAAAUUUUCUCUAGUUUUAUAUCAUCUUACUUUUUUUCGGUCAUUAAGUAAGAUGGUUUAUUUAAAUAAUUUUGACACCUCUUUCAAUGUCAAGUAUUUCAUUUCAAUUCUUACAUUUCGUUUGUAUUCAAGUGUCAAUAAGUGGUGUAAGAAGAAUUAUGGCAGAUAAUUCUCAAAGAUCAGUAAGUUAUAUGCUACUGGUCAAAGCUUUGUAACUGCAACACAUCAUUCUAAGGAAAUAUUUAAUGAAUGCUUUUUGAAAACGUCUCCCAUAGAAGACGUGAAGCCGUCAACUUUAUCUCUUAUUGCGUACCAAAAUCAGCGCAAAUGUGCAUGUCCAUUUCUGUAAGUUUUUUUUUUUUUUUAAAUUUUACUUGGUAUAGUAAAUUGCCACUAAAAAUAUUUAUUAAUAACAAAACUAACAAUAUUUUCUUCUCUCGCUUUGGUAUGUUAAAGACAUAUAUGACUUGUAUGGUUCUAUCGUAAAAUAAAUAAAAUACUCUUACACGGUG